AUGAGCCCCUUGCUGAUGCUGGCAGCCCCUCCCCUCCAGCAGAUCACCUACAGUGCCAUCAAUGAUGAGCUGCGUGACAGGCUGGGCUUUCCAGCGCUCCUGCACACAGUGCCAGGGACCAGUCACCAGAUUGAGGUCAUGGUACAGCUCAUGCUGCCCUUCUGCUAGAGCUGGGUCAUCGUGUUGGUGAGCGGCGCCGACUGUGGCCAUGAUGGCAGCCAGGGGCUCAGCGAGCACCUGGCCGAUGGCAACAUCUGCAUCACCUUCCAGAAGGUGCUGCCCACACCGCAGCCCAACCAGGUGGCCAUGCAGCUGGAGUGCGAGCCCCUGGACAACUUGGGGUGGAGCGCGGUGCGUGUCGUGCUGGCGUUCUUGCCAGACCUGGCCCUGCAUGACUUCUUCCACGAGGUGCUGUGCAGGAACUUCACAGUAGUGUGGAUUCCCUCCGAGUCCUGGGCCGUGGACCUGGUCCUGCACAACCUCACUAAGCUGCUCCGCGCAGGCACCUUCCUGUGCAUCACCACCCAGACAGUGCCCAGGGGCUUCAGCGAGUUCUGCGUGCCCUCCACUAGGCCAGGCUGCCCCAGCCUGGAGACCACCUGCAAAUGGGAGUAUGGCACCUUCCAGGACACCACCAUGUCCUUCAACACCAUCCUCACACUGUCCGGUGAGCGCCUAGUCUACAACGUGUACUUGGCUGUCUCUGUUGUCGCCUACAUACUGCACAGCCUCCUGGGCUGCAAGCAGGCCAGCUGCUCCAAGGAGGUGGUCUAUCCCUGGCAGCUACCGCAGAAAUUCUGGAAGGUCUUCUGCACCCUCUCGGGCCAACAAAUCUCCUUUGACCAGAAAGGGGACCUGCCCAUGUGCCUGGAGGUCACCCAGUGCCAAUGGGACCUGAACCAGAACCUUCCCAGAGCAUCGCCUCCUGCUACCCCGGCUGCAGUAGCUGAAGGCCUGCCCAGCACCUCCUGGCACACCCCCGACAGCACCGGUCAGCUCUGGGGGCUGGUGGAGGGUGUGGCUGGGGGCUGGACUCCCAUGUCUGUGUGUUCCAAGGACUGCCAGCCUGGGCAGACGGAGCAGCUCGUGGGCAUCCACCCCUGCUGCUUCGAGUGUUGUGAUUGGUUCCCUGGUCCCUUCCUCAACCAAACUGCAGAUGGAUUUGACUGUCAGCCCUGCUCAAGUUAUGAGGGGUCCCAUAGAAAUGACACCUCCUGCUUUAAGCCGCGGCUGCCCUUCCUUCGAUGGCACAAAGCAUCCACCAACUUCCUCAGCACCCCGGCCACCCUGGUAAUCUUCUGGAGGCACUUCCAGACAUCCAUGGUUCUCUCGGCCGGGGGCCCCAUGUCCUUCUUAGUGCUGACACUGCUGCUGGAGGCAUACAGGAUGGCUCCCAGGUCCGUAGGGCCCCCCACAGUCUUCGCGUGCUUCUGCUGCCAGGCUCUCUUCACCCUCUGCUUUACCAUCUGCAUCUCCUGCAUCACCAUGUGCUCUUCCCAGAUCACCCAAAAUGGCCUCUUCAAAAUGGCCAGCCACCUCCCUCGUGUCUAGUACUGGGUCCGCUACCACGGGCCCUGUGUCUGUGGCUCUGUCACAGCGCCCAAGGCAGUCACGGUGGCGAGCAAUUGUUGGCCCUGCCACCCACACCAACCCCAACGUCCCUUGGUCACGAUCCCCUCCUGCAGUCCCAACCACUGCAAGGAGCUGCUGUUUAACCCCAGCCGGGACCUGAUCCUCUUCAUGGGGGGCUUCAGCUUUGCUUGCAUGUGCGAGGAGCUGCCCGCCAACUAUGAGGCCAAGUUCACCACCUGCUGCAAGACUUUGUACUUCACCUCGUCCAUCUUCCUCUGCAUCUUCACGUCUGUCUACGGGGGGAUGAUGGUCACCAUGCUCAACCCCUUGGGCAGCAGCCUGGGUUACUCUGGCCCCAAGUGCUACAUGAUCCUCUUUUACCUGAAGCGCUACUCUCCGGUCUAUUUCAACAGCAUGACCCAGGGCUACGGCAUGCCAAGAAGAGGGCUGCCAUCAGCUGCCCCCAGGGACGCAGGGCCUCAGUGUUGA